UGUAAGAAGUCAACCAACCCAAACAGAGGCCGUUUCAGACUUAUCUGUUUUCCCUACACAUAAACCUAGUGGGUUUUGCAGCAGUGUGAAAACUGAUGCAGGAAAAUCAUCUAACAGAGUUUGCGCUAUUUUUACCCAUGGUGAUGCAUCCCUUCACAAUUACAUGUUUCAGCAGGCGACCACCCCUCAGCUGUGUGUAGAAUCUAAAACCCUUGUCUUAUGGACGCGGACAACUAGUUAGAGGCAUCCAUGGUACCUCGAGACAAGCUGCCGAGAAGCCUUCGCGAGAAGGCACCUGCAGCAUCAGCAGCAUAAAUCGAACCUUCGGCUGCAGUCGAAGAGAAACAACCUAUAAGCCUUCUGAAGUCAAAGGAGCGUACUGUUGCAGUUCCUGUCUAAAAUUCGUGGCAUGCACAUCCGUGAACUCCGGAGGGUGUAUCUAUAAGGCGUCUCAAUGGAGCCAGGUAGCGAUGUGGCUUUGGACAUCAUCAUCACCAAUGUCGUGGCCGUCUUCAGAACCAGAUGUCAUCUGAAUCUGCGGACCAUAGCGCUUGAAGGACUGAAUGUUAUAUACAAACCAGAAGUGGGGAAAGUGUUGAUAAAGUUGCGUAAGCCCAAGAUCACAGCUUCUAUCUGGUCCUCAGGAAAAAUAAUUUGCACUGGCGCCACAAGUGAGGAGGAUGCCAAGUUGGGAGCCCGAAGGCUUGCUCGCAUCUUGCAGAAAAUGGGCUUCAAGGUGAGGUUUUCAGCCUUCAAGGUCGUGAACGUCCUGGCUGUGUGCUCCAUGCCCUUCCAAGUCCAUCUGGUUCAGUUCACCAAGAACAAUCGACCAAUUGCCAGUUAUGAGCCUGAGAUCCAUCCUGCUGCGUCGUACCGCAUUAAACACCUCAAGGCCACCAUACAGAUCUUCUCCACCGGCAGCAUCACUCUCACAGGACCAAAUGUUCAAAAUGUGGCCACUGCAGUGGAACAGAUCUACCCGCUACUGUUUGAAUGUCACAAACCAAAGCACUGAGAUGAACACACACACACACACACACACACACACACACACACACACACACACACACACACACACACACAGGAAAGCACCUUACGUAAUGUGUGUUCAAGUCCAUUUUAAAUACUUUUUUUCUUUUUUUUUUAAUUGUUACUUUGUUGACGUAUCUGACUAUGCCCUCCAACUACGGCAUCUCUGCCCCUGCCAUGAGACGAGGCCUGGGACUUGGCUGCACUACCCAACGGCUGGGUUGGCAGUGGCACUCACACAAAAAGAAGAGACCUGGGACUUGCUGCAACGAACACCCACCAUUUGGGGUUGGCAUCCGCACAGAGGCUUGCCUCUUCUGGGCACAGAAUCACCUGCUUGCUUGGAGCGGGCACUGAGACUUGCUGCACACUCCUGCCCUGGACUCAUGCCCCUCAAGUCACACCUUACAGGGGCAGGGCCAAAAACAAACAAAAAAAAACCCCAUAUAUCUGAAUCGAACUCUGCACUGAGUGAGGCCGUGCCCUGAUCUUUAUGGUACGUGGCGGAGAGGAGCGAAAGGGAAGUCUUCAGUCAACAACAACAACGUGUUUCUGCUGUCAAUUAUGAGCGAACUCUAAAGGACAUACUGUAGUGGGGAAUCGCCAGUCUCUUGUGAUGGUUGUGUGUAUGAGUGAACGUGUGUAUGAGUGAACGUGUGUGUGUGUGUUGUGUGAGUGUUUGUGUGUGAGAGAGAGAGAGUUUAACUGGAGAGACAUUUUAAAAAACAAAUUGAACUGACUGUCCAACCAUCGCCGUCCAUAAUACGACUAUCUUAGACUACGUAGUACAUGUGACUAUUUGUAUUUUCCUUUUUCUUUUUAUGUCAUUUUAAUGAUAAUUUUAUCUGUAUUUUACCACACACUUCGGCCGUGUCAAAUGUUAAUGUACUUGUCUUAACGAUUAUUAUUAUUAACACUUGAAACUCGAUCUAUCAGGACAGGAGUGACCCUAAGCAUGUAGACCUCGGGGGAGCAGAGCAGAGCUAUGGAGUUGAGAACGCAGCAGUUGCUACUUGCUAACUCUUUGGGGCGAACUCCCUGCUCUGGACUCUGUGGAGGGCCACAUACUAGUAUAAUGUAAUGUUUCAAUUUUUGUAUUUUGUAAGAAAAUUUUAAAAAUGAAUAAAAAUAAUUAAGAAAAAGUGUAUAACCCACA